CGUCCUACCUAUUGAAAAGUAUGGCGGGUUUGUUUGAAUUAAACCAUAAAUAGUUCUUAUACAAGCACUAUUACGGGUAACGUUUUUUAUACAUCACAUUAGGGUAUUGAAGAUCAUUGUUGCAAAACGUGCAUAGAUUUACAGAGCUCUUUAUAAUCUAUUUAUUAGCUUAUGCUUGUUAAUUAAAUAUUUAGAUUAAACUUUUCAUAAGAAUGACUCAGAAGCCCUAAAUUUAUAAUAUUUGUAAUUCUAUAUAUCUUAUUACAUUAUGGAUAAUAUAUUUGGAAAAGAAGACUCUGGAAAUGAAAGCGAGCAUGUAGAUGUUGAGGAAAGGGAAGAAAAAGUUAGUCCUUCGCAAGAUUCUGUAAUCAAAGAUGUAGAAACGGUGGAUGUUGAUAAUAUACAAGUUAAGGUAGAAUUUGAUGCAAUGAGUUCACAGUCGCAGUCGGAUGGGGAAGAAAUAGAAAGUAAUUUGUUAUGUGACGAAGUCACAGAAUUGGAAGAUCAAUUGGAAAUUGUUAAACAUGAAAUUGAAAGUAGAGAAGAAGAACAAGUUAGGGAAGAUAUAUUUGAAAAUGACAUAGUAUUGCCUCAUGCAAAUCCAACGAGCGUUAAAGAAAGAAGAGAAAGUAAAGAGAAAAGUAAAAAAGAAUUGGAAGAAGAGGAAAGAGAAAGGAUGCAAGUACUAGUGUCAAAUUUUACGGAGGAUCAAUUGGACAGAUAUGAAAUGUAUAGAAGAGCAGCUUUUCCAAAAGCUGCGAUAAAAAGAAUCAUGCAAACUAUAACAGGUUGUUCAGUGUCACAGAAUGUGGUCAUUGCUAUGUCUGGUAUUGCAAAAGUGUUUGUUGGGGAAAUAGUAGAAGAAGCUCUUGAUGUUAUGGAAGCUCAUCAGGAAUCAGGUCCUUUACAACCAAAACAUUUAAGAGAAGCAGUUAGAAGAUUAAGACUUCAAGGACAAAUUCCAAAUGGUCGUGCUAAUAAAACAUUCUUCCGAUUAUAAGUAUUCUUUAGCAUAAUUAUUUAAAACUGUGAUUUAAAACAAAUGUCUUUAAUAAGUGACAAAGUUGGGUAAAUAUUUUUGUAUAAAAAGGUGUGAUAUAUACACAAUGUAUUAAUAUCUAUACAGAAAGUUAUUUAAAUGAGAACAAAUACAGCUUCUCAUACAUGCACACGCAUGAAGUUAACAACAUGAAAGUGAUGAUACAUGAGACAUAAAGUUAACGACAUGAAAUAAAUUUUUGCUAUUGAUUAUAUAAUUAUAUCAUUGUUUUAUAUUAUUAGUAUUAUUUUCGUCAAAAUGGCUUUCGCACGUUUCUCUAUUUUCUACCAUCGUUUGGUAUUAUCAAACGAAAUUUUACAACAGCGUGCGAGGAUUAAUAUAUUUAUGUUUAAACUAGUUUCAAGUUAUGAAGAGAAUAAAUAAUCAUAAAAAAUAUCCAAAUAUGACAACGUGAAAUGGAUAAAUUAAUAAUUAUGUAAGGAUAAUCUACAAUUUUAUCUAUUUUUUUUUUUUUUUUUUUUUUUUUUUUUGUUAAUGAGAUACAAAUUAUUGAAAAAAUUAAAGAUAAAAUAUUUCAUGUUUAUAUUGUCUCAUUUGUUAAAUUAAGAGAAAUCAAAUUCAUCAAUGAACAUAUUAUUUUUAUAUCAAUUUAAUCAUAAAAUAUUUUUAUUAUCCAAACAUAUUUCUAUGAGUGAAAUAAUAUUUGCAUUAUAUUAUACCUCCUUUAAAUAUUAAUUAGUAUUUAUAAUAUUAAUAUGUGAUAGCAUCUUUCAUAUUGCUAUUUUCUGGCUUUUAAUACUUCUUAGUAGUAGUAAUUGAUGACACAGUCAAUUGUUUUAUUUUGACUAACCAAAUAUACUAUAUAUAUAUAUACAACUAUCACAUAUCUUAAAUAUAUAGGUGAAACUGUCAGAUAAAAUGUGAUUUAUUUUAUCAUUGAUAUUACUUUUAAUCAAUUUGACCUAUUAAUGUAUAAUUUCAUUUAACUGAUGAAGCAUUGUGAGCGAUUAAUGUAAUAUGUAUUUAUUACCUACGUUGUUAUUAGUAUGCAUUAUUUUAGAGAAGUCUGAUAACGGUAUUAAAUCUGGAGAUUUGUAUAUCUUUAAGUCAAAUGAAAAUGCUCUAACGUUUAAUUCAAAUUCUUUGAAUGCUAAUGCAAUUCAUGAAUGGUAAUAAUAUUUUUUUUAUAUUGUAAAAAUUAUAUCAACCCACAUAUGUUUUACAAUUGUUUAUUAUCUACUGAUUAUGUUGUUAUACUAGUUAUGAGACUUAACAUUAAGUUUAUGAAAUUAGUAUGUACGAUAAUCAAGAGGUCAGCCUUUUCUCUGCUGAAUUAAAUGUCUUACAAAAAGUGUAUGUUCUUGGGUUUAAUAACAAAAAAUUCAGAUAUGUGAAAGUCAGUUACUUAAAUGAGUACGCAAUUCAUAUAAUUUGAAAUAAAUAUUCAUUUAAUAUA